CGGAAGUUUUUGAGUUUGAAGAUGCAACGUUUCCUAAUGAGGUUUAUAAGUUCAGACAAUUCGAGACAAUAUUGUCCACAAAGAUCUUGAAUGAGAAGGAAAUGUUUGAUGUGAUAUGCAUGGUUGUUGGCAAGUAUGGUCUAAAGGAACUCACGUACAACAACCGUCCUCAUAAGAUUAUGGAGAUUGUUGUUUGUGAUAAUAUGAUGAGACAACUACGAUGCUCUUUAUGGGAUCAGUAUGCCGACCAAAUUUUACCAUAUAUGGCAGACGUUUAUCCUGGACCUGUUAUAUUGAUAUUACAAUUCUGCCGGGCCAAAAUGUUUCAAGGUGAGCCGAAGUUGUGUAAUUCUUUAAAUAUCACCAGGCUUAUUGUGAACGGAGAUGGUGUGGAAUUCCAGAAUUUUAAGGAUAGCAUUGUUGAUAGGACUGCUUUGUCACAAACAAUUACCACUCUUUCGGCCACUUAUAAACCGCCAUUGAGUAUCCUUGAUGAACUAAAUAGCUUGGUUAUGCCUUUGAAAAAAAUCGAGCAUCUUUAUGAGACUAAGGAGGCGGGAAGUUUCUGGAUCUAUGCGAAAGUUGUUGAGAUAGAAAAUGAAAAUGAUUGGUGGUAUCUUGCAUGCAGUAGAUGCUCCAAGAAGUUGGAAAAAUCCCAUGCCAAUUUUUAUUGUACAAAGUGUGCUAGGGUUUGUACCGAAGGUGUUACAAGAUAUAAGGUUGUUGUGCGUGUAGUUGACUCUACUGGGAACGCGCCCUUUCUUAUUUUUGAUCGUGUUGGACAAGAAUUAUUUGGAAGACAAGCAAUAGACUGUAGAGACAUGCUUAUGAGUAAUGGCCGAAAUGAUAAUUUUCUUCCGGUUGAGUUUGAAGCAAUCAUCGAUGAGAAUAUUUUGUUCAAAGUACAAGUCAAAGAAGAACAAAUUGGCAACUAUAAUUCCGCAUUUGCAGUUUUGCGAUUCACCAGAGAUGCUUCAAUUAUUGACCAGUUCGUUUCGAAUAAAAAUGAGGACCACAAAGAAUCUGAGGCAUUUUCCCAGCUCCAGAAUGCUGCACUUUCGUGUGAAAAGGUUGAGUCUUUUUUGGAUGAUGAGAUUUCAACUCCGAUCAAGAGGAAGGACACUACUGAGACAUCAAGCGAUAAUCAAGAAUCCGUGAAAAGACGGCUACUUGGCGAGUUCUCUUCCAACGCUUCAUCUAAGAAAUCAAGGGUUGUGAUAAAACAAGAGAAGUAGAAAGGCGGGAUUUCAGGAAAAAAAUGGAGAUUUAUUUUGCUUUUAAGAUCUACAUGAUCUAUGAAAGAUGUUUUUGAAGACUAUUUUAGCUUUAUUUUGCGGAUUAUGUUUUAAUUUCAAAACUCAAGAUAUUUUGCUAUGUUUUUGCUUAUGUAUUGGAUGCUAUGCGCGGUUUCAGUUAUAUGGAUGAUAUAUGAUUUUCUAUCA